AUGUCGCGCUUUCAGAUCAACGCACGCAAGCUCCUCAGUGUGCGGACGUCUCGUUUCAACUACGAGAAGCUACCUGGCGCUGAGUCGCAGGCUUCCUCGCCCCUCUUCAGCUCUCCGUACUUCAGGUCCUGGAAGCAGCGGAAUCAAUGGCCCAACCGCCUGCAGCGUCCGCGCCUCUCGUUCGCACGCGUCGUCACCCUCAUCAUCACCGCCCUCCUGCUCACCUCGAUGCUCGCCACUGGCCUGUACAGGAGGCACCUUCGCGAUCGCGACCGCGGCAAGGGCGAGGAGAGGAAGCUGUACCAUUGGGAACACUACCCCAAGCUGAGUGGCUUUUAUAGUGGCAUCCGGAAUUUGGUGUCCUACGAAGAUUGGGUCUCUGAGCAAGACUUCGUGAGCCAUUCAACCAGCAGCAACCCAGAGGACAACAUCAAGCCCAAGGCGCCCGAGAGGAAAGAGAACAAGGAGCCGCCCAAGGACCCUAUCGUCUUCAAUCCCUAUCCCGACUUCACAAGCGAAGAGUACCUCAAGACCUAUGAAAAGGUUGAGCCGUGCUACCUGGACGACGAGGACAAGGUUGAAACACCCGACAUCUACGCCUAUCCCGGUAUCCCUCAGAACAUGACUGCGCCCUUCUUCGGCUCGUACGAGGAGCUGGGCAUGAAUGAGAAGGUGUGCUUCGAUCGUUUCGGCAGGUUCGGCCCUUAUGGAUACUCCUACUCGCGCGAGGAGGGCGGCCUUGGCAUGUCUGGCAAAUCCGAAUCCGCCGGCGCAGACAAGAUCUGGGCCACUGAGAAGAAGGUCGAUUGGCGUAACGUGGACUGGGGCAAGGCCCAGAAGAGGUGCUACGAAAAGAACAAGAUUCGCUUCAAGAGCAACGAGACGGAAGCCAAGGAGAACAAGGAUGGUGAAGGCGCCCAGCCAGCCAAGAAAAAGCUUCCGCGCCACGCCUAUAUUCUGCGAACCUGGACUGGCUACAAGUACAGCGACUACCAAAUUCUGACCAUCCGGGCCAUGAUCAACGAGCUCGCCAUCAAGUCGGGUGGUGAGUACGAUGUCCACUUCCUGCUCCACGUCAAGGAUGACAGUAUCCCCAUCUGGUCCUCCCACGAGAUCUACCAAAAGACGAUUCAAGAGAACCUUCCCAAGGAAUUUUGGGGCAUGGCAACGCUCUGGUCGGAGCAGCAGAUGAGGAUGUAUUAUCCGGAGCCCUUCCCGAACAACGUCUAUAACCACGCCAAGGCCCCUGUCCACUCCGUCUAUCGAAGUGCCCAUUUCGCUUUGCAGUGGUUUGCGCAGUACCAUCCCGAGUAUGACUUCUACUGGAACUGGGAGAUGGACCUUCGAUUCAGCGGCCAUUAUUACGAGUUCAACAACCGGAUUGGCGAGUGGGCCAAGAGACAGCCUCGCAAGGGCAUGUGGGAGCGCUCGAGCCGCUACUACAUUCCCAGCCUGCAUGGCUCAUGGCACAACUUCACCGAGAUGAUCGAGGAAGAGACGUUCAAUAGCGAUGAGAAGCCUGUGUGGGGUCCCCCCAAAUUUGAGCACGCCCCAGACGGCAUGCUUCCCUCUCCCCCGGAGACCGAGCCUCCGGUAUCCUACCUCCAAGACAACUACGAAUGGGGUGUGGGCGAAGAGGCCGACUUGCUCACGUUCAACCCCAUUUUCGACCCCGCAAAGACAAACUGGGUGUUCCGCGACGACGUCUCGGGCUAUGACCUGGACCUCCCCGAGCCGCCGCGCCGUUGCGCCAUCAUCACCGUCUCCCGCCUUUCCAAACGCUUGUUGGACAUCAUGCAUGCCGAGACGUACCUCAUGAGGCACCACAUGUUCCCGGAAAUGUGGCCGCCCACCGUUGCCUUCCACCACGGCCUGAAGGCCGUCUAUGUACCCCAUCCCGUUUACUUUGACCACAACUGGCCGUUGGAGGCGAUCGACGGCACGUUCAACCACCCUCCCAAGCCUACCGACAGUGUCUUCGGCUGGGGUGAACACAAUCAGCUCGGCAACAGCUUCUACUACAACGCCGCCUUCUCAGCCAACUGGUGGAGGCGAUGGCUCGGCUCACGCGAGAACGAGCAAGGAGGCACCGAGUUCGAGGAAUCGGGCUCCGGCCGCCUAUGCAUACGACCGACGCUAUUCCACCCCGUCAAGUACGAGAAGGGUGCUGAGUAA